AUGGAGUCGAGGCCUAACAACACGGUCGUGCAUACAUCUCUCGAUGAUGCGGAAAAGCAGACUCGCUUGCUUCGGCUCGAGCCUGGAACCGGAUCCGACGUGAUCGAGCUAUCAGUCGAGCGAUAUCAGCUCACGGAGGCUCCAGAAUACUUUGCGAUUUCGUACACAUGGGGCAAGGAGAGUAUCCCAGCGCACGUCUCGGUCAAUGGUUCGAGAUGGCCCGUACGAUGGAAUUGCUGGUAUGCGCUAUCACAGGUGCGAUAUCACUAUCCGGGCUGUAGGCUAUGGAUCGGGUCUAUAUGCAUCAACCAAUCUGACCUUGCGGAGAAAAGUCACCAAGUCGCUAUGAGGUUUGAGAUCUAUGGAACUGCUGCAAAGGUCCUCGCGUGCGUUGGUCCACAUGCGAACGGGAGUGAAAUGCUAGCUUCUACGACUAUGGACCCGGACUCCACGUGUUCUGUAAUCCCCUACUCCGAUACUCAUGGCGAGGCCUGGCGUUCAUUUGCUCGGCGACGCUAUUGGAGAAGACUGUGGAUCGUGCAAGAGAUUGUAGCAGCAGCUCGUCGCAACGAGGAGAACGUGCAGGUUCUCUGUGGACAUAUGCUAUUGCCUUGGCGCCUUGUCGUGGCGGGCGCAUCACGAGCAGUAACCCUUGACGAAGAGCAAGAUUACCCCGAUCCCAAGAAGCAGACUAUACGUCAAAUAACCCUUGUCUGCGCGAAUCCCAUAGAGCUCGCCGAUGCUGUCAAGCGUUUCGACGGCUUCGAGUGCAGCAAUAUUCUUGAUCUUCGUCCGGAUUACAACAAGUCUCCUUGGGAUCUCGCACUGGAGAUGUGCUCCUGGCUGCCACUUUCUUCGCUUCCUCCAUUGAUCCAUACCCUGGGACUCGAGGACUCUUAUAAUGAGAUGCAGGCCGUGUUGAACGCAAGGUCCGAGCGCAACACGACGGAGGCAGAGAGUCCGCAUCCAGAACCGCAUCUGCGCCUUGCUCGUCCUCUGUGGAAUUCUAGCGAAAAGCCGCGGUUCUUUGGCAGUGUUCACGUCGAUUCGUCAGGCUGCCUGGUCAUUCCAAACCUUGCAGCACGUAACGCGAGAAUCCAGCCUCUGUAUCCCGAUCACUUGAAGAGUAUUAUCGGUUUGGAAGACGUCCCCAUCACAGCCGCCCGAGAAAGGGUCCCACCACAGCCCCUGUUUUCCGGCCGCUACCCUCGCGUGGCUAUGCGCAGACACUAG